AUGACUAAAACCUGCGCAAUUCGUGGUAAACCUAAGUCAGGUCGAGUCUGGAAGUCAGUCCGAAAACACCGGUACUCGGCAAUACGUAGGGAUAGAGGCCUAAGAACAACGUGGGAAAAAAAAAUGCUUCUCAAGGAGGAACGAAAACGGCGUUGCUUAGAUGAGGCGAACCGUCGAGAGGCACGUGCAUCUGCUAAGAGGGCCCGGCGACUAGCCACCGAAGAGCGGAAGCGUAGACGUCUAGAAAAUGAGCGACGAGCUGAAACAGUUGUUCCUAUUAAAAAUACAAUGAAGCUGAAGAAACUAAAGAAGAGUCAGCUUCGUACAAUCGAGAAACGCUAA